AUGAGAUCACUUGAAGAAAUUGAAAAUAUUAAACUGUUAUUUCAUCACCAACAUUCAUUUAUAAUUUCAAAGAUCAUAUUUAGUGCCAGUCAGUUGGGCGUCUUCGAUCUGCUGAGAGAGUCAGGGGAACUGAUGUCCCCUGCAACUGUGGCUGAGCACUUGAAGACCAGUCUCAUCGGGAUGCAGAUGCUGCUGGAAGCCUGUGUGGGGUUAAAGGUCCUGAAAGUGGAAUGGAAGGAUGGCAAAGAUGUUUAUGGAAAUACAGAGUUUGCUGAUCUCUUUCUGGCUAAAUCAAGUCCAAAAUCUCAAUAUUAUACUAUGAAGUUUUUAUCAGAAUGUGUAUAUAAAUCACUGCAAUACUUGCCUGAAGCUGUAAGGGAUGGGAAACCUCAGAUUCUAUCAAUAUAUGGCAUUUCUUCAAAUGAAUGUUAUGGAGCACUAUACAGAUCAAAGGAAGGCAUUGAAAGCUUUUUCAGGUACAUGGAUGAAGCUUGGAGCCUGCAUGGAAAAGAAGUGGUCUCUGCCUUUGAUCUUUCUGGUUUUCAGCUGAUUUAUGAUCUGGGUGGAAGUAGUGGUGGCUUAGCUAAGGAAUUGAUUUCAAAAUACCCAAAUUGUACUGUGAAACUUUUUGAUCUUCCUGAAGUUGUGGAAAUAUCUAAAAAAUAUAAUGCAUUUUCAGAUGAAUCCCUGAUCGCUUUCCAUGAAGGAGAUUUUUUUAAAGAUCCAAUUCCUGAAGCAGAUCUUUACAUCUUAUCAAGAGUCUUGUUUAAUUGGAAUGAUGAAAAGUGUAUCCAGCUACUAACAAAAGUAUUUACGGCCUGUAAACCAGGUGGUGGAAUCUUAGUAGUGGAACCAACUAUUGAUGAAGAAAUAUCUGUGUCUUUUCCUGGUCAUAUAUAUGCCAUGAUACUGUUGCUUCAGACCGUAGGAAAAGCACGGAAAGUAUCAGAGCAUCGCAUGCUCUUCAACACAGCUGGCUUUAAAGAUAUUCAGUUCAAGAAAGGAAAUGUCUUUGAUGUCAUUUUGGCCAGAAAAUAA